ACCAUGAGGCUGGUGAUCCCUAACCCGGGCCUGGAGCUCCGGAUCCCCGACUACGACGACCUGGAGAGGAUGGAGAAAGAGGAUGCGGAGGGGCGGCCCCAGUGGGACAACAAGGCUCAGUACAUUCUGACCUGUGUGGGCUUCUGUAUCGGUCUGGGGAACGUGUGGCGCUUUCCUUACCUGUGUCAGAGUCAUGGAGGAGGUGCCUUUCUGAUUCCCUACCUGAUCCUGCUGGUGCUGGAAGGAAUGCCUCUCCUACUGCUGGAGUUCGCCAUUGGUCAACGUCUGAGGAAAGGCAGCGUUGGGGUGUGGAGGACCAUCAGCCCCUACCUGACUGGUAUUGGUAUCGCCUCCAUGCUGGUGUCUUUCUUGGUUGCAUUGUACUACAACACCCUGAUAGCCUGGAUCCUCUGGUAUCUCCUCAACUCUUUUCAGCAGCCUCUGCCAUGGGCGCAAUGUCCACUGAAUGAAAAUGGGACAGAAUUUAUAUCGGAAUGCCAGCGGAGCUCCACUGUGGAUUAUUUCUUUUACAGAGAGACUCUGAAUAGUUCUGCCUCCAUAUCGGAGUCUGAGGGAAUCCAGUGGCCAAUGGUGGUUUGUCUGCUGGCAGCGUGGACAAUUGUUGCGAUCUGCUGCAUUAGAGGAAUAAGCACUUCAGGGAAGGCGGUUUACGUCACAGCAAUCCUGCCUUACAUAGUGCUGGCGAUCUUCCUGAUCCGAGGAGCGACCCUGAAAGGUGCCGUGAGCGGGAUAAAAUUCCUCUUCACACCAGAUGCGGAGGAGUUGAUUAAACCAACUACUUGGUUGGAUGCAGGAGCUCAGGUGUUUUACGCCUUUGGUUUGGCAUGGGGAGGCCUCAUCUCCUUCUCGAGUUACAACCCUGUUCACAACAACUGUGUGCAAGAUGCUGUGAUCCUGUCUGUCGUAACUGGACUCACGUCGGUCUAUGCUGCCCUGGUGACCUACUCCAUCAUUGGCUUCAGAGCCACUGAGAAGUACGACACCUGUAUCAGUGAAAACAUUGUGAGGUUAUUAAAUACGUUUGAUCUUCCUGAAGACAACAUCACAUCAAGCAACUACGAUGUAGCCUUCAAUCACCUAAACCGCUCCUAUCCUGAUGUCGUGCUUGGACUGAAUCUCCAAACCUGUGACAUGCAGAAACUCCUCAGUGAGGGAGUGGAGGGAACAGGUCUGGCCUUCAUCGUCUUCACUGAGGCCAUCACCAAGAUGCCCGGCUCUCCGGUCUGGUCCGUCCUCUUUUUCGUCAUGCUCCUCUGCCUGGGACUCUCCACGCUCUUCGGCAACAUCGAGGGAGUGGUGGUUCCCUUGAAAGACUUGCAAAUAUUUCCUAAAAAGUGGCCCCACGAAGCACUCACUGGGCUGACGUGUGUCGUUUCCUUCAUCAUCUGCCUGCUGUUUACGCAGAAUUCAGGCCUUUAUUGGGUCUCUUUCUUCGAUAAUUUUGCUGGAUCAGUUCCUCUGCUGACCAUCGGAUUGUUUGAGAUGAUAGCUGUUGUCUACAUUUAUGGCGUAGACAGGUUCAACAAGGACAUAGAGUUCAUGGUUGGACGCAAGCCGUCAAUCUUCUGGCAGGUUACGUGGAGAGUCGUCAGUCCGCUGAUUGUCUUGGUCAUCCUCAUUUUCUAUCUGGUUACUCAAGUACAACAGAAGCUCACCUAUUUAGUCUGGGACCCCAACUCUGAUGCGUUUCCCACUCUGUCGUCAGUGGAGUACCCCUCGUGGAUCAACGCAGCGAUCUUCCUCGUGGCAGGAGUCCCCAGCCUGGUGGCUCCUGCGUACGCCUUAUGCAGAUGGAUUUAUGUUUCAUUUAGAAAAAAAAAAACUUUCGGAUCUUAAAUCCAGCUAUGUUUUUUUUUUUCUUUUUUAAUAACGUUAUCCAUUUCACCUCAUGCCCAUGUGCUGCUUUGGUUAACAGAUU